AUGGGUAGUAGCUCUGAUGACCCCAACAGUAAUAGCAACAACAUCAACACCAAAGCCAUUGAUGCGUCUGUGGGUGCUUUAGUUUGGGUCCGCCGUAGAAAUGGGUCAUGGUGGCCAGGUCGGAUUGUGGGUCUUGAUGAGAUUUCUGAGGGUAGUUUGGUCUCGCCAAGAUCAGGCACUCCUGUUAAACUUCUUGGACGCGAGGAUGCCAGUGUGGACUGGUAUAAUCUCGAAAAAUCAAAGAGGGUGAAGGCAUUUCGAUGUGGGGAAUAUGAUGAAUGCAUUGAAAAGGCAAAGGCUUCCGCAGCAAAUGGUAAUAAGAGAGCGGUGAAAUAUGCUCGGAGGGAAGAUGCCAUUCUCCAUGCCUUAGAGAUUGAGAAUUCUCGCCUAGGCAAGAAUCAGUUGGACUUCUUCUCAAGAAGUGAAAAUUUGGGUGAAGAGCAUGGUAGUUCAGCCAAAGAAUCAAGCAUGUCGUUUUCUGGAAAAGAAGAUGGUGAUACGACUGUUGAGGAUAGUAAUUCUGAAGAUAAUUCAGAUGCCAAUGCAGAUUCAGAUUCUAGUUUGGGUUCUGAUUCAGGGUCAGAUUUAGAUUUAGUGCGAGAGUUAUCACAGUCUGGUACAUCUUCUGAAGAGCCAAAUCAUCUUGGUGCUUGUAAGGUGCAAUCUUUGCCUGGAAAGAGAAGAAGAACUCCAAAUGAUUCUGAGGAUGAUGGAACAGAAGGAAUUAAGCGUAUGAGAGGACUUGAGGAUCUUGGAAUUGGUGUAGGAGAUUCAAACACUGGGAAUUGUAUGCCUAAUGGCAGUUCUGUAUUUGGUAGCAAAGGUUAUAACUCGUUGCUGAAAAGAAAAAGGUCUCAAGUAGCAAAUGUUAAUGAGCUCUUGAAAAGAAAAAAUCGUCGCCGACCACUGACAAAAGUUUUAGAGAGUACGGCCAUGGUGUGUGUUCCAGUUAUUUGUAACCAGCUUCCCAGUUCAAGUAACUCGCCUCUUCCUGGAUUAUCUGACAGUAAGAUAUCUGGAAUAGAAUCCAAUGAGUCUAGAAAAGACUGUUCUGUUGGAAUUAAUAACCACUCAGACAGCACUGGAGUUUCUUGUGAGAAUGGUGGCUCAUUAAAGCCUUCUGAACAUGCUUAUGAUGCUCCCCUCAUUAAUCACAAGUUGAAGAAGGAAAAAGAUAUUUCCAGCAUAUCUGGGCUAACUGAGAAAGAUUCUGCUGACAGGUUAUUUGAUGUACCGUUUGUUGGGGAGGAAAAGCACUCUACAGGAAUUUCUCCUGUAAUUGUGUCCUGUUCAUCUGGAAGGCAGCAAAUUAGUGGAUGGGGGAGGCAAUCUAGUCAAAGUAGUCAAGCAGAAGCUGUAUUAGUGAAAAAAGAAGCUUGUAAUGAAUCUGAUUCCACUAGUCUGGCAGCCAACUGUGUUUAUAAUAAUAUCAGCCAGAGGAUAGAGAAAGGUACCUCAAAGUGGCAGUUAAAAGGAAAGAGGAAUUCAAGACAUACAAGUAAAAAUAGAAAGCAAGACUCGAGAAAAGAAGUGGACAUGGAUGAUGAACCCAAUGCUUACUUGGCAGGUACGGAGCAUUUGGAUGGAUUUCGUCAGGGUCCUGAUCAGAAAGUUGAUUGUGGUGGAGGUAAACCCCAACCAUUUUCUGAAGAUCAUGUGGAUGCAGUUCGGGACUGGAGCAAGUCUUUUCCUCAGGGGGGUCUUAAUAUGAGGGGAGCAACGGGGGAGAUGCCUGUGCCUCAAAGGUCACUUCCCUAUCGUCAUUCACGCUUCACAGUUAAUUCCAGAUAUCAGACAUCAGAUUUUCCUGGCAGAAAUUUCUCCUCAGGUUCAAAACUAUUUAAUGUUGACAUCAAGGUUCAACGCAACUACCGGCAGCAGCAUGUUCCAUUGGUUUCCCUAAUGAGUAAACUGAAUUGUAAAGCCAUUGUUGGGCACCCUUUAACAAUUGAGAAUUUAGAGGAUGGCUAUUCGGAUCUUAUGCUUGGUAGCAAUGAAGGGGAUACAACUCAUGUUACGGAAGGGGAAAUUCCCAAGCUGGGUUAUGCAGCUAUGCCAAAUUUAGAAGCUGGUAGAAUACCUGCCAGGCAUAUGACAAUGAAACCACGAUCUUCAUCAAGUAAAGCACACAAAUUAAGGAAAAGUGGGCUGUUGUCCAAAAAGAUUCGGAAACUGUCUUCAUUGACUGGAAAAAAGGUAGAAGAUAGGAAACCAGUGGUGGAGAAGCCCAAGGGUCCUGUUAUAGCUUGUAUCCCCCUCAAAUUAGUGUUCAGUAGGAUAAAUGAGGCAGUGAAUGGUUCAGCAAGGCAAACACACCGUGCCUUAACAUCAAGCAACUCGUGA